ACUAUCAACACAAUUGCUCGCAUGCUCAAGAUUACCUGCUUAUAUACUAGUAAAACAAUCAAUUUAUAAUGAAUUAGAAUUAGAUCAUCGAGAUUUGUUAAUUUAGGACUUUUAGACAUUAUGCCAUGUCUAUCAAUGAGAUAGUACGGGUUUUAGGAUGUUUAAUGAUAGCAUAUGUGUCGAUACAAACAACAGGAGCAUCCACAUUAAAAUACGGCAUCAGAGACAAGAGACUCUCUGACUAUUGCCCUAGCUAUUGUGACAAUACAGGCAACUUCGUUGAGGAGGUCACCUGCAUUUCUCCCCCUUAUUGUUGCAUACAACGAUCCGCUGGCGGAUUUGAGGGCCUUAAAUGUUGUGAAAAUAGAUUUGACAGAAUAGACUCCUCUUACAGGGAUGGGCACAAUUGUAGGGAAAAUGGAAGGAACAAAAUAAAACUGAGUCGCAAGAGAAGAGAAACCAAGCCUGUUGGCGAGGUGUGCCCAGCAUUUUGUGUUGAUGGGUCAUGGCAUGAAGCCGUUUACUGCAUGAAAGGUUACUGCUGCGAGGACACGACUCCCUCAGGACGAUUCUCCCUCAAAUGCUGUUCAAAUAGUAACAGUAGCGUCGUUAACAAAUACAAACAGGGACACAACUGUAGGAGUGCAGAUAUUUUGAAUAGCUAUUGGAGCAGUAUUCUUUACUCUGGGAUUGUACUUGGUGGCUUCACAUUGCUGCUUUCACUAUGCAUCUAUUGCUACCAGUGCUGCAAAGACGGAUUCAAGCUCAAGGGAUGCAACCGCCAAAGGCCCUCGCGGUCUACAAACAAUAAUUCUACGUCAUCGAACAGUCGAACUGUCGGAACUAUAUCCAGCACUGUUCCAGAUGGAGAUCCGCCGGAACCUCAAUCUCCGCCAAGUUACGACAACGUUAAUAUUACUCCGCCUGGACCUUAUGCAUCCGAGCCAAUUAUGCCCCCGCCUUACACUACAGAAAAACCACCUCCUUAUGUACCAUAG